UCAUAUUAUUCCACUGAAGGCGGGAGGAUGCGAGGCGCAACUUUUGACGCGGGUUGUUGUCGUUAGCUUUGUUUCUGACGGUCAAACGACGGCGCCGCCGCCGCUUGUGUCGCGACAGCUGUCACCUGAGUCGGUAAACAUCAUCUCUGCGGUGUUUUCCUACAUAACUUCGCGUCGGCGAGCAGCCGGUGAAGCUUUUAAAGCGGUCUGUCUUCAGUUGCUAAGCUAACGGUUGAGUCGGUGUGUUUAACGUCGGUUUUUUUGGUCGUUGCCGUGGUUACCUGAGUCAAGGGAAUGGCCACAGGAAAACCAAAAGACAGCGCAGACGCCAGCCUUCCCUUCGCCGCCCUCCAGCUCCUGGCCCCGCCUGUGCGCCUGGUGUCCGCGGCCCUGUGGACGGUGAUGAAGCAGAGGGACGUGGUGCAGUACGGCGUGGUGGAGGAGUUUGUGACAGCAGCCUGUGAGACAGUCCCCGGCCUGCUCACUGUGAGACACCAGGGCAAGCUGGCACUGGGGCUGAGAGGACGGUUAAUCUUGGAGCUGUGCCGCACACAGCCCGAUGAGAAGGUGAUCAUGUCACACCUGGAAAGGAUCCGUGCUCCUGCUGCUCUGUCGACCUCCUCCGCUCACACUAUGAAGAGGGAUGUAAAAAUUCUGCGAACAGUGGAAGGUUUCCAUUCAUUGGUUUUCAUGCUGCUUAAAGACCCAACAGAGAGAGAGCACUUCUUCAAGGAGGAGUUUCCUGUGGAUUACGGUCCAAAGUUUGACCAGGAGCUGGAGAAGCUGCUGUGGGAGUUUUUGAUCCGACUGGACCAGCUGCUUCCAGUUCCCAACCUAGCUCAGACUGUGUCGUGGCUCAGCGACGCCCCUCCUGUCCUGGAGGAGUGUGCACGUGCAGCCACCCAACCCCAGCUCCUGAAGAUACUGCUUGAACAUCAAACCUGUCUGGGUCAUCUGGAAACUGCAGCGUCCCUCCCUCCAAACAUGGGAGACUCCAUCCUGACUUCGCUGGCACCCUCUGGAAGAGUGCCUUCAAAUCAGCCAACGGGAGCUGCCGCCGCAUACCAGUCUAACCACACACACACAAGAGACGAAACAACAUUUAUCAAACCUGUUAUUGGGCUAAUAUCUAACGAGAAUGUGCCGGUUAUGAUCUCUGCCAAUAAAAAGACAAAAGAGAAAUUCACCAUGCUCAAACAGAGACAAAACCCCGAAGAUGUUGAAGCGAAAGAGGGCGGAGAACAAGUGGAGGAGGGAAAGAAUGCCGCAGAAAGACGCAGCGGGGUGAAACGCAAGCAUCCCAACAGAAUAGAAAGUGACUCGGAUGAGGAGGAAGAGGUGUGGGGCACGAUCAGAUCUGGGAAAAAGAGGAUGGCUGGCCUGGAAACCUCCAUGAACCAGCUGGGAGUCAAAACGCUGCACCUGCCCGAGGAUCCGUCCCUCCGCUCCAUUUUCGUGUCCUGUCUGAGCAGCCAACCCACAGUUGUUAUUGAAAAACUGUCACCGACUUCGUCUAGCACUGACAGGACUGGUAGAGAAGGAAGAUCCUCACAUACGAAACAGCAUAAUCAGAGGAGGAAGUCACCGGUCAAACCACGAAAGCCUGACUUGGAUUUUCAUGGCCUGGAUGAUAAAGAAAAUCAUCCUGUGUUACCGAGUAUAAGCAGCUCUCCGUCGCAUCAACGGAUGAACACAGAGACGCUGAUCGUUCCAGGAGAUGGUGAAGACUAUGUGGCUGACUCUGAGGACGAGGCGACAAAGAACUUCAAAGGCAGAUUGUUUAUGAAGCGCUACUACAAGACCAAACACGGCACUUAUGUCCCCACACUGAGGGAGUACUGGAAACCCGGGAUGACACGGCGGGACUUGCCGUCCACUGGAAGCAAACGCAGGUGAUGAAAUUGGAUUUUUUCACUGCCAAGUUUGAGAAAAGACUUUGACUGUGCCUGUAGGUGGUUUUCUCCACCGGCUGCAGCGACAGAAAAGCCAGAAAAAUAAACUGCAACUUUUAAUCUUUCUCUUGUGUAAUGUAUUGUAGCUGAAUCAUGUCGGUUUUAACUUGAAUAAGUUGUCAUAAGAAACCCUGAAAUGUAUGUAUGUAACUAAUCAUGGGAACUGUCAUAUAAAUAAACUUUAUUUUUAAUUGCUUGUAAAAAGACCAGACGAUAUCUGCAACUUUUAGAAAUAUUUUAAACCCGUAACAUGCUCAAAUAAUAAUAAAUGUUUUUGACGUUGCAGUCACACUUUGUACAUUAUUUUGCAUUUCAUUAACUUUGUUCAAGUGUCAUUUUACUUGUAUGAUACACAUUAAACCACGCUCCUGGUGUCUAACUGAAGCAAUGUGUGAUCUGGGUUUGUCAGCCGUUUAUAUAUUUACGUCCUGAAAUGUCUCACUAGCAUUAACUGAAACCUUUCUGUUUAUUUAAAAAUUUAAUGCCAGGUAAGUACAAAGACUUUCAGGAUGCUGGAUACAUGUUCACGUCUUGAUUAGAAAUCUUUACACAGUAAUUCACAAACACCCAAAAUCUUCAAUAACUGGUUAGAGCUCUCAUAUUACGGUGUCAUUAGUCUAGUCCGGCUUUAUCCUGGCUGUGCUGUGCCAACACUUCAGAUGAGUAGUGGAAGUAAUAAAAA